AUGGCAGAGUGCGGAGAUGUUUCUGCAGUCUCAGUGCCUCAGUUCGCACUGGACCAGCGAGCCAAAGCAGCUCGACAUGCUCUGCUGGCUUCGGCUGGGCCCGUGACGCAGCUCUUGAUUGGGGAUGCUAUAGGAGAUGCUUUUGGAUUUGGGGUGGAGAUGCAGGAUGCACACUGGCUUCGGGAACAUGUGACCCGCUGCACUAGCUGGCCAGAGAAUCCGGUCAAACCUGAUGAGCACAAGUUCAACAGCAUCCGCGGCAUGUAUUCUGAUGACUGUGAGAUGACGGUCGGGCUGAUGAGGGCCUUGGUGGAACAUGGUACUGAUGCAGCAGAAGAUGAGAUGCUUACCGCCUGGCGUUUAGAAUGGGAGCUUGCCAAGCGUCGCCCCCCGCCAGCUGUUGCCGGUGGAGAGCGUAGUGGUCAUGGUAGUGUGAAAGGCUUCUUCCGCGGAAAGGCGACUUUGGCAGAACUAAGAGACUCGCAGGCGACUCGGGUGGACCCUGGAAAUGCUCCCCCAAUGCGGGCGCUGCCACUGGCCUUUGUUGACAGGGCCUCCUGCGAGAAGCUUUGUCGUUCCAAUGCUGAUGCCACACAUCCGCAUCCGAAGGCCCGUGCUGCGAGCUUCCUUGUCGCUCAAGCAGCACGCUGGCUCAUUGUUGAGAGGGGGGACAAGAGCUGCAUUUUGGAAGUGGCCUUGGAGCGGCUGCAGGCCAGUGAUCUGAGACAUGAGGAAACAGCCUCCCUGCUUCAAAGGAUUCGUGAGCUGCCUGACUACCACUCCUUCGGACAGAGGCUGCAAAGCAUGCCGGAGAAUGUUCAUGCGCUGCUCUGCGGUCCGCAGCCUCAUCCGGACUUGGCGCAUGUAGCGGGCGGUGAGGAUGGGACCUCCAAGGUGAAUGGUGUUGGUAGCGAUGCCAUGCGGACGGCAGGGGUUGUGCUGUACAUCCUCCGCUUUCAUCGCGGUCCACGGGAUGCUCUGCUCACUUCGCUGUACAUGGGCGGAGACGUCGACUCCAUUGCGGCGCUGUGCUUGGGAAUUGUAGCUGGGUCGGAGGGCCUGCAGCUGGGCAAGCGAUCCGGGCUCCCUUGGUUCCUGGUGGAAGAGCUGGAAGGGGUGGAGUAUUUGGUGGGCCAGGCCUCUCGUUUUGAAGCCUGGCUUGCUCAGAAAGGUUGGUUGCCCCCAGAGCACCGCGGGUGUUUUGAAGCGCCCGGCGGCUGCGCAGAAGAGGCCUUCCAAGCGUCAACGCUAAUGACUUACUGA